UGGGUCUCAGUCUUCUCCAAAACUAACCAGUUUUAUUUGGAGCUAACUUUCAAGGCUUCUGCUCCUCGCCAUGGAGAAGCCAUCAGAGGACCCAUCAGAGGAGUUCGACCCAUCAGAGGAGGUGGUGUUUGACCCACUCGCGGACUCGGAAUCUUCUCAGACGGAUGAACAAGACUCCUCGGAUGAUUCGGGAAUCUCCCAGCCAGAAAACUUAGUAAAGGAUAUGAGGAAGCUGACCAUCGACCCCAGUGCCAAGAAGCUUCCUGCUUCCCUGGCAGGACUUAAACUUCAGCGCAGCCGCCGCAGCCGCAUCCGCAUCCUCCACCGCGCAAUGAAGAUGAGAAAUGUCGAGAACAAAAGUGAGAAGAUCUUGAGGGAGGUCCAAAGUGCCUUUCCCAAAAGAAGAGUCCGCACACUACUGUCUGUGCAGAACAAUCCUGUUGCGAAGAUGAAGCGAUUUAUGCGGAUUGAAAAGAAACUAAAAAGCUGCAGUGAUGGAAAUGUGUUUAACAAAGCGCAACCAUUCAAAUGCAUCUGCACUUUCUGCCUGUACGAAGGCUGGGACCCUUCUGAGAAUGCAAAAAUUGGAAAAAAAUAGGACCGUCAAUUCAGGCCUAAGUCGUGUGCUGCCCUUACAGCUGAUAAGACCAUGCAGUCAAUGUAAAAGGGUUUGUUGUUUUUAAGAUUAAACUGCAAUAGUGAGUUCUGUGAUAGUUUCAUUCUUUUUCCUGGUGCUGGGUAACCUUUCCACACUUGUUACCAUUACACGAUAUAUAGAAUGGAAGUUUAAAUGCAUGUGAAUGAAUUUCAUUUGACCUAAAGAAUCAAGAGAGAGAGUCUCUGCUUAACUCAAGUCUGGGGUUAAGUUCAAUUACUUGAAAGAAUGUCAAUAGAAUGUGGGGGUGUUGUGGUUUAGAAGGUAA